GCCAUGGCUGCCGCUUCUCUCCUCCUUCUCCUCCUCUCCUCCAUUUUCAUCUCCUCCUCCUCCUCCUCCUCCUCCCAAACCUCCUGCCCCUCCACCUGCACCUGCGGCCUUCUCCCCAUCCACUACCCUCUAUCCAUCGACGAUGGCUGCGGAAGCCCUCUCUACCGCGACCUUCUCUUCUGCAAACCUAACCCGUCCAACGAUUCUUCCCCCACUCUCCUCCUCCGCACGCCCUCCGGAUCUUACCCGAUCCUCUCCCUCUCCUACUCAAACCAAGACUCCCAUCUCGUCAUCUCCGAUCCCUCCAUGUGGACCUGCGACUCCCAUUCCCCUGCUCCCCUCACCCCCUUCUCCCUCGACACAAGCACCAGAUUCUCCCUAUCAUCGAAGAACUCCUUCCUCUUCCUCAACUGCAGCCCCGAUUCGGUCAUCAUCGAACCCCGACCGGCGUUCUGCGACAGAUCCCCUGAACGCUGCGGUUCGUCCUGCAAUUCCGACUCCUAUCUCUGCCGAAACUUACCCGGAUGCCCUAAUUUGCUUGCGGAGAGCUCCACCACCUGCUGCUCUUUUUACCCGACGGCGGUGGAAUCGGUGAGAAGAAUGCUUCGGUAUUGUGCGGGAUACGCUGGUGUUUACUGGAGGACGAAUGGCGGCGGCGGCGGAGAUGAGGUGGCGGAGUAUGGGAUUCGAGUCGAUUUCGAGGUUCCGUCGGCGGCGAAGUGCCGGACUUGUGCGGAGAAGGGGAAGGGCGUCUGCGGGUUCGAUACGGCGACUGGUGAUUUCUUGUGUCUCUGUACCGGAGGAGUUUCUACUACUAAUUGUGAAGAUGACUCACGGAAGCACAAAACUCCAGCAGGAGUUAUAGCCGCUUCUGCUACCGUGGCUUCGUUUGCGGCGCUGACCGGAUUUGGAGCAGUAAUGUGUUAUAUAAGGAAGAUGAGGUCCAACAAGCUGGUGGCUUGUGGGGUUCAGAGUAAUGAGAACAGGAUAUUUUAAUAUUCUGAUUUUAAUUAAUUAAUUAAUGAAUUAAUU